AUGCGCGUGGCAGUCAUCGGCGCAGGCUUUGCCGGCAUCUCCACCGCCAAGUACCUCACGCAGUACGACCACGACGUCACCGUCUUCGAGGCGUGCGCCGACGUGGGUGGCGUGUGGUCCAAGGCGCGUCGCUACCCGGGUCUCGCCACGCAGAACUCCAAGCAGACGUACAGCCUCUCGGACAUGGACAUGCCGCGCCACUACCCCACCUGGCCCGCCGCACAGCAGGUCCAGGACUACCUCGACGCCUACGUCGACAAGCACAACCUCCGCCGCCUCAUCCGCUUCAGCACCAAGGUCACCCAAGCCACACCCACAGCCACCGACGGAUGGAGCAUCACCACAUCCGCCUCGGACACCCCAGAAGACUUCGACCACCUCGUUGUUGCCACCGGCACCUUUUCGCGCGGCAAGAUCCCCGAGUACAAGGGUGCCCAAGAAUUCAAGGCCGCAGGCGGUCGAAUCCUCCACUCGUCCGACGUUGGGCUCGACCCCGCAACGAUCGAGGGCAAGAACGUUCUCGUCAUUGGAUACGGCAAGUCGUCAUGCGACGUGGCCAACGCGGUCUCUGCCAAUGCCAAGUCCACCACGCUCGUCGCACGUCGUCUCAUCUGGAAGCUCCCACGCAUGAUCCGCGGCCUCCCCUACCAGUACCUCCUGCUCACGCGCCUCGGCGAGUCGCUCUUCGAAUACAUCACCCCCUCGGCGUUUGAGCGCUGGUUCAACUCGGGCUCCGGCCGCUUCAUCCGCAACUCCAUGCUCAACUCGCUCCAGUGGGUCGUCACGGGCCAGCUCAAACUCGACCGUCUGAACCUCGUCCCCCAGGGGCCCUUUGAAGAGAUCGCCCGCUCCACCAUCUCCCUCUCCACCGAAGGACUCUACAAAAACAUCGAGGCGGGUAAGGUGGCCGUUCGAAGAGACGCCGAGAUCGACCAUCUCUCCAACGGAAUCGCCGUGCUCAAGGACGGCACGGAGCUGCCAUGCGAUCUGGUCAUCUGCGCCACGGGAUUCCACCAAGACGUCCCCUUCCUCCCCGCCAAAGUGCAGCAAAAGUUCCUCGAUGCCGACGGCAACUUCCUACUCCACAAGCAUAUUAUGCCCAUUGGCGUACCCAACCUCACCUUCAACGGCUACAACUCCUCCCUCUUUUGCCCCACCUCCUCCGAGGCAGCCGCACUCUGGAUCGCUGCCCAUCUCGAUGGCCUUACCAACUUGCCCAGCGAUCAAGACAUGCUCGAGGCAGCACAGGCAAAGUUGGACUGGCUCGAUGCAAGGAGCAACGGCAAGCAUGCGCACGGGACCAACCUCGUGCCGUUCAGCUUGCAUUCCAUCGACGAUACGCUCCAGGACAUCGACCUUGGCUUGAGCACCUAUGCGACUGUUAGGCAGUGGCUGCUCCCCGUCCGACCCAGCGAUUACGCCGGGUUGGGAAGCAAGCUCGGCAAGCGUAUCCACGAAGCACGUGCUGCUCAAACCAAGCAGUAG